UCCAGCCCGUCAAUUAGAUUAAAAAAAAAUUCCCCAAAUCCAACCGCCCGCCCAAACCCACCGCCGUCUCGCCAUACCGUCCCCGAUCGCGAAACCCUCUCGGCCGCUCGCCGGCGAUGGAGGCGCCGGACGAGGAGGCUGGGUUGGGGUUACCCGAGGGCGAGCGGCUGCUGGAGGUGACCCUCAUCUCCGCGCAGGGGCUCAAGCCGCCCUCCGGCCUGCGGCGGCGGCUGCAGGCGUACGCCGUGGCCUGGGUGGACGCCGGGCACAAGCUCCAGACCCGGCCCGACGCAGCGGGCGGGCUCGACCCGGCGUGGCACGCGCGGCUCCUCUUCCGCGUGCGCGAGGCCUCGCUCGCCGACGACUCCCGCGCCGCCGUCUCCGUCGAGAUCUACGCGGCCGCCGCGGGGUCCUGGCACCUCGGGAGGGACUCGCUCGUGGGCUCCGCGCGAUUCCUGCUCGGCGACCACCGCCUCCUAUCCCGCCCCGUCGGCUCCCCCUCCAUGUUCGCUGUCGGCGUGCGCCGCCCCUCCGGCAGGGUCCACGGCCUCCUCAACGUGGCCGCAAGCCUCGUCGCGGUACCGCCGUCCCCGGCCGCCUGCCACGCCCUCCACCUCUCGCCCGCCGUCUCCCUCAGCGGCCUCUCGGUGGCGCCCAACCCGAGCCGCGUGCUCCGCGUCCUCAACCGCGCGCACCCCACGCCUCCACCGUCCCCGAAGCUGCUUACGCCCAAGAAGCAGCAGAUGGUGGUCAAGCCGAACAACAAGGUCGCGGACGAUGGCAGCGAUGAGGAGGGGGGCGAGGAAGAGGCGAGGGGGAUGGGCGGGGUGAUGUUCUGCGGACCUUGCGUCUUACCGUAUCCAAGAAAGAUACACACAAGCCCCUCAGACGAGAACCUGCAGGCCUUCGCUCGCAUCUUCUCUGGCGGGCUCAGGCAUUGCCGAACGGAGCCCUCAUUGCCAAGGAGCCCGUGCAAGGAGCCUUUUUGGUUUACUCAGAAAGGGGUAGAAUAACCUCUGCAGUUCAGCAUGGCAACUCUUUUCCGUUGCUUAUUCCCAGUAAGGAACACAAAAGGAAACUUGAGAAGAUGCAAAACAUCAAGGGGGUCUAAAUCAAAUGUUUGGUUAAGAAGACGAGAUGAGGCUGCAAUCAAUUGUCAGUAGUUUCGCAAUAGAAGUUUAGGGUCCUAUGUUACUAUUUAAACCAGAGGUUGCAUGAGAAACCAACUGUAAAUAUCAAGUUAGCAUUCUUCACUCUUACAUUGGGAUUGAGAUGAAUUUAGUGUUUCAAAAAGCAAUGCUAGGCAGAUAGGAAGAAUGAAAUUGAUUGGCAAAUUAUAUGCCUGUAAAGAUGUAGUACAUGAAUGCCUGCAGCGAGUAAAAAUGCCUAAUUUGAUUACGAA